GUUUUUAUCGCCUCCAGGUGCUAUGGAGGUCGAAGCUGUCGGCGACAACAAUGACGGCAUGAAGUCGCCUUUGUCGACGACUCCUCAGCCGCUCGGUACGCUGCCCUUAUCGAACAACAACGAACGACUCAGUCAGGCACAUGGCACCCAUACCAUGCGCACACAUCACCCAUGAAUGGAUAUGUAUCCGAGCAGGUGGUGUGGCUACUGGUUCGCCUUCGGGCGGCAACCAUCAAGGCGCUGCGGCUGUAGCAGGUGCGUCGGAAGACGACAACCCACCCAACGGCAUGCAGCUCGGUGAGCAUCCUCGCACACACGCGAAGACAUUCACACAUCUCUCUCAUUCUGAUCCUUUCUGUGCGUCAGACGUUGUACCCGAUAGACACACACACAAACGUAGACACGUGUGUGUAUGCGAUGCGAACUUGCAAUGAAUGGAUCCAUCAAUCGAUGACCG